AAGAAGUUCCAUGUGCAGGCGUAAAAAAGUUACCGUGGCAGAGGAAAUACCUGAAUUAGAAUUAGGCCUGCGCUCCUUCAAACGUUUCUCCUCCUUCCAAGAAGUGAAGUUAAAACGUCAGCCCGAUGUUAUGGCCGAUAAAGUAAAUCCCCCUCAUAGAUAUGAAACUUCACUUAUGGAGGAUACUUUACCCACGCGAGAUCCUCAAGAACUUUUGAAGAUAUGGCGUGAAACAAUAGCAAGAAGUAAAACAACUUCGGAUCUCGAGCUCAACGCAUGUUGCCUGUGCACAGUAGGGAGAAAUAUGCAGCCCUCAAGUCGAAUUAUCAUGCCCACAUCCUACACUGCUGAAGGGAUCUCAUUCUUCUGUAACUAUGACAGUAGAAAAGGAAGGGAGCUAGAAGAGAACCCAAGGGCCUCAAUGCUUUUUUACUGGCCUACUCAUUACAAACAGGUUCGUUUGGAAGGUGGUGUAUGGAAAUUGACCGUUGAGGAGGCCGAACUCUGUUGGAAAUCAUUGCCUUUAUCACUGCGAAUCGGUUAUAAAGUCAGCGAGCACUGCAGCAGUGUGGUUCAGAAUAAACAGUGUCUCCAAGACAAGCGCAAAGCUUUGGAAAAACUAGCGGCAACAAAAGGAGAAGCAGCUAUAACAAGAUUAGAGACCUUCGGUGGAUACAUUUUUAAACCUGACUAUUUCGAAUUUUGGCAAGGCCAAAGCGAUCAUAUCGAUGAUCGUUUAGAAUUUUAUAAAACCAAUGGUACAUGGUUGGUGCAGAGACUUUCGCCAUGAUUUGUACAAGCAUUGGUUAGAUCAAAAUCUAGUCUUUCUUGUUGCACAGUUCAAAUAUGUAUGUGAAUGAAGUAUAAACAAUUUAUUAUU